GAUGAGGGAUCCAGCUGCCAGCGCCUGCAAAUCCUCUUCUCCUUCUCUGUCCCCAGCGCCCGGGUGCUGGACCUGCUGUGUGCCCUGCACCUACCAUUGGUUUCUGCAGGAGCUAGGUCGAUACCCUGACUUUCCCUUGGUCUUUGUUCAGGGCACAGGUUACUGGGAGUAUUUACUGCAGAGACGUGGACUGGAUGUGGUAGCUUUUGACCGAAACAGUAUUUUCCCACCCGAGAUGCGUUAUACAGAUAUCACGACUGGAGGCCCUGAAAUUCUAGAGCACUUUCCAGACAGAGCCUUAUUCCUUGCCUGGCCAGAUGCAGAUGAGUCUUCCCGCUUCUCGCUGGAUUGCCUGGCCUAUUACAGAGGCCACACAGUCAUCCAUGUUGGUGAACUACUCGGGGAAAGUAUUACAUCGAAUCCCUGGGGCCAGUCGACCUCACGUGAUUUCCAGCUGGCCCUCGCGGAGGAUUUUUGCUGUGUGAAGAGAAUAAGGCUGCCCAACUGGCCAGGACAGGUGGACUCAUUCAGUGUGUGGAAGAGGAAGAGUUCUCAGCUGGUGCUAUGCGAUGGCGCACAUUUUCAGUAUGUGGAUACAAAUUUGGAAGAAAAUUAAUAGCAGUCUCCCCAGCAUUCAUUGCUUUUAAAGAAUGGACCAGAAUGAUGUUGUAUAUUAGUGGACUGGAAUAUAAAUGUACAGUCAUGACUUUUUACAGAGUUCAAAACUUAGUUGAUUGUCGCUCGAAUUCAUCUGACAUCUUUUGAUAAGGGCUUAAAUGAUCUGGAAAUGGUGUAAACAUGAUAGAUACCCUACAGAAGUAAUUUCUAAGCGUAUCUUCUUCAAAUCUUACCAAAUAAACUUAUCUUUUCUAUGAG